AUGGCCACGACACCUACCCAGGUGACGUGGCAGGAGAUGCAACGCAUGCUGACGUGUCUUCUGGAAGCAACCGAGGUAAUCCGAGUAGCCAAUAAUCGGAGGCAGCAGACCGCUGACCUGCUAGACGAGUCGAUCCACGUGUCGUCCGCUCAUUGGGCCCGUCACGAGGCUCUAGUCGCCGCGCACACGCGGGUCGCCGCCCGGCGCGCCGAGCUGGACAAACUACGUGCUGACGUGGCGGGAGCCCAGCGUGAGGUGGAGGACAAGCGUGCGGAUGUGGAGAGGCGGAGAGCGGAGCUCAAGGAGGCGAGACACUCGUUAAGAGCUGCCUCGACAAGAUUAGUGGAAGCGGACCGAUUUCUGUCACAGGAAGGUUCGAAGCAACAGCUGACAGUGAGAAGGCGGCUGGCCACUAGACGACGACGAAUGCUGGUCCAACUGGCGGGGAUCAUCCCGCUUUCCCCCUCCUCCCCCUCUCCCUCCUCCCCCUCCCCCUCCUCCGCCUCCCCCUCUUCCUCCUCCCCCUCCUCUCGUCCCUCGUCCUCCUCCGCUUCGGUUUCUCCUCGACCCCCCUCCUCCUCCUCUUCCUCCGCUUCCUCCUCCUCCACCGCCCGUCCCUCAUCCGCCUCGUCCCCCAUUCCGCCAACCGCAUUGAGACACGUGGCAAGCGCGGAUAGCAGCUGGGGGAGCGGGUGGGGCUUCUGGGGUAAAAGGGGAGGGGACGCGGGAGGGGCAGGGGCAGGGGCAGGGGCAGGGGCAGGGGCAGGGGAGGAAAGACGAGGGGGAGGGGAGAGAGAUGAGGGAAAGAGUGUGAUUGAUAUUGGGGAGAGUGGGGACGAUAGGGGUAAGAUUGCGGAGGAUAUUGGAGAGAGUAAGAAGAAAGGGAGGGUGUACAGUGAUGGUAUGCUGAUGGAUAGAGGGCGAAGAAACGAGGAGGCAGAGGGGGAAGGAAGGGAGGUUAAGAAUAUUACUGAUUUGCAUGUAACUGAAAACCGGACUGGAAAUUCAGAAGCUGUGGAGGAAACAGCUGGUACAGGAGAGAGGAAAGGAAGGGAGGUGGGGGAGGGGAAGAAAAAGGAGACUGCAGGAACAACAGUGGAUGUGACUAUAUUGGGGCUGCCGCUGAUAACGGCACCUCGGUUACAGUCACUGUUCAGUGGGGGAGGGGCAGGCAUGGACGAGGGCGCGAGGCAACGGCACGACGCUGCCUUGGGCUUGACUGCUCAGCUCGUCUCUUUCUGUGCGCGUUACCUGCACCUCCCCCUCCGCUACCCCAUUCUCCUUGCCGGCUCGCGUUGCCUCAUGGUGGACCAGCACCCCCCUGCCCGCGUGGAGGCGCAACUGAUGCACCUGCAGGGGGCAGGGGUGGGUGGUGGCACUGCCGGGAGAGGGGUAGCAGCAAGGGGAGCAAGAGGGGUAGGGGGAGGAGGAGGCAGAGCGGGAGGAGGAGGGGGAGGGAGAGUUGGUUUCCCUCAGCAGAUUGAGCAGCAGCAGCAGCAGCAGAAGCAGCGGCAGCAGCUGCUGUAUAGGUCUGCUAGUGACAUGAAUCUGCUGCCAAGGAAUGGGAGUAGGGGGAGCAAGGGGAGUGGCUGGGAGAAAGGGAGCGGACGGAGGGGAGGCAGCAGGAGCAACUCUCCUGAAAGGGAAGCUUUGGAAAGAGGAGGUUUGGAAAGAGGAGGUCCGGAAAGGGGAGGUUUGGAAAGAGGAGGUUUGGAAAGAAAAGCUUCGCCUGCAGGGGUGGUGGUGAGGGAUCGGAGAGGCGUGAAUGGGGCGAGUGGUCUGGGUGAUGAGGGGUGGGAGGCGGUUGUGAGGGGUGCCAGCCAGAGCAGCAGCAGCAGCAGUGGUGGUGUUGGGAAUGGUGCAACGGCAGGAGGAAUGGCAGGAGGAAUGGCAGCGGCAGGGGGAAUGGCAGGGCCGGUGGGUAUGGCAGGGGCGGGGGGAGUGGGAGGGGGGAUGGGAGGGGGAGUGGAAGGGGGAGUGGAGGUGCAGCUGGCUCUGUACAUGGGUCAGUCGCACGAUGCAGGGCGAUGCGCUUGUGCCAUGGUGCUGCUGGGGAAUGUAAUUGAGCAUGGCAUGGUGUUGGCCGGCGUGGAUUGUUGGUAA